GAAAACGGGACUGAGGUUACAUCGUGGUCCUGCCUGGCCUAACUAAGCACUUCGUUGUUUUCAAGAAGACAACAGAAAGACGAUAUGGCAGAUAAAAACAGGAAUCGGCUACCAAACAACUUGCCGCAGCUGCAGAAUCUCAUCAAAAGAGAUUCAUCCCUGUAUAGAGAUGAAUUCCUCCAACAAUGGCGUCACUACAAAUCGAAUAUGGAAAUUUUCAAGCUUAACCCGACACAAAGCUCAAAUACGCUCGAGUCUUUGAUGAUGUUUAUUGCCCACAUUUCUUACAACUAUCCAGAGGAAACACUUGAAUUUCCCCAAGAACUUGUAGAUUUGUUAAAUAGCAAUGGACUUGACAUGGAUCCCGAUCUCAGGAAUACAAUGUGUCGAGCUUUGGUUAUGGUGCGAAAUAAGGGGCUCGUCUCUCCGUUGGUUAUUUUGCAAUUGUUCUUUAAGCUGUUUAAAUGCAAGGACAAAUUGCUAAGAAGCAUGCUAUACACACACAUUGUUUCUGAUAUAAAAAGCAUCAAUAGCAAACACAAAAAUAACCAAGUCAACAAGUCCUUGCAAAAUUUCAUGUUUAGCAUGCUUACAGACAGCAAUGCAGUUGCAGCAAAUAUGUCAUUAGAUGUUAUGAUUGAGCUCUAUAGAAGAAAUAUAUGGAAUGAUACAAAAACGGUUAAUGUUAUAACAACAGCAUGUUUUUCAAAGAUUGGGAAAGUUAGGAGCUCAGCAUUGAAGUUCUUCCUUGGUACAGAUGCACCAGAAGAUGAUGCUGAUGCUUCUGACAGUGAUGAUGAGGCAAAUGUGCGCAGGCUGUCUUUUGCUGGAAGUGUGUCUAAGAAAACAAACAAGAAAAGGAAAAAAAUUGAAAAGGCAAUGCUUCUUCUAAAGAAAAAGAAAAAGAAAACAAAGCCAACUAGUUUUAAUUUUUCAGCUAUCCAUCUGAUAAAUGACCCACAGGGUUUUGCUGAAAAGUUGCUGAAAAUGGUAGAAAACUCUCAUGACAAGUUUGAAGUAAAGAUGAUGAUUAUGAAUUUGAUUGCGAGACUUGUUGGUAUACAUGAAUUGAUUCUGCUCAAUUUUUAUCCAUUCCUUCAGCGAUUUCUUCAACCCCACCAAAGAGAAGUCACAAAGCUACUUUCAUUUGCAGCCCAAUCAUGCCAUGCACUUGUCCCACCUGAUUUGAUUGAAACAAUUAUCAAGGUUAUUGCAAACAAUUUCAUAACAGAAAAGAACUCCAAUGAAGUUAUUGCUGUUGGUUUAAAUGCAGUGAGAGAAAUAUGUAUCAGGUGUCCUUUGGCUAUGACAGCAGAUUUGCUUCAAGAUUUGACAGAGUACAAAUCUUCAAAAAGCAAGGGAAUCAUGAUGGCAUCAAGGUCAUUGAUACAACUUUUUAGGACACUUAAUCCAGAACUCUUACAUAGAAAAGACAGGGGAAAACCAGUACUUGAUGCUGAGGAACAAAUGGUAACAGAAUAUGGUGCAAAUACUGCCAGAACAUUUGUGCAAGGAGCAGAACAUUUAGAUGAAGAGGCUGAUGAGGAGAACAGAGAUGAAGAAAAUGAUGGAUGGGAAACAGAUGAAGGUGAUGAAGAUAAUGAUGAUGAUGAUUAUGGAGAAUGGGUUGAUGUGCAUCACAGCUCAGAUGAGGAGAGCAAUGUAGAAGAAGAAGAAGAAGAAGAAAAUCCAGAGGAAAAAGAGAAGCAAAAGAAGAAAGCAGAAUUGAUAAGUCACACCAGGAUUCUAACUGAUGAGGACUUUAAGAAAAUAAAAGGAAAGGAAAUAGUCAGACAAGUUGAAGGCAAAACAACAAGAAAACGAAGUGCCCCAUCUGCUGAUUUAUUCAGUAAUAAAGAUGAAAUAGUAAAACUAGAUAAUAUUGAAAUGGUGUAUAAAAGGCCAAGGCAUGACAAAGAGGCCAGAUUAUCAACAGUAUUAGCUGGUAGAGAAGGUAGGGAAAAAUAUAGCAUGCCAAAGAAGAAAAGGCAAAAUGAAUUUGCAAGUACAACUAACAAGGAAAAAUCAAAGAAAAAACCUUUCAUGAUGAUAUCAAAAAGCAGACAAGCUAAAGGAAAGAAAAAGAGAUCCUUCAGAGACAAGCAAAUAGCCUUGAGAGAUUCUUUAUUAAAGAAACAAAAAGGAAGGUUUUAAAUCUUUAACUUUACAACAUACAUGAAGUACAUAUAUAUAUUCAAAUUACCUUUUAAUACUCAUUAUGACAAUGGUUGAACUUCAUAUAUUGAUUUGGCAAAUUCUGUAUUUUGCAAAAUGCUACCCAAGCAUCAAAUAAA